AUGACAGCUUAUGGUACGCGACUGAUUCUAAUUGUUGUAACAAUGAUUGUAUUUCAUAAUUUAUCAUGCACAUGUAAAGAGUUUCGAAUUUAUAGAGAGUCAUCUGGAUACAAUUGUUUUUGGCGAGGAGAAUCACCAUUAUGCUUUCUGAGUUCUAGCUGUCCAUGGGAAAUGACAACUAUGAAGACUGAUAAACAUGGUGAUGGCGCAUAUUGCUGGAUUGGAUUCAAGACAUAUUGUUGUAUAUAUCCAGAUAGAAAACAACAAAAUCUAACGAUGUGA